AUGGCUAGUGAGGAGAGUUUCCUAGUUCUGGUACAUUACAGAGGGUCGAUUAAGAGAAAAACUCGGUCCGGCGUGAAGUUCACUGAUAAGGAUCCCCUAUGUAUUAUCGUGACGCCAACAACCACCUACGAUGCUCUUGUUAGCUCUGUGCUGGAGAAGCUUGGUCUUGAAGGAGUUAAAAGGGUCAAGAAAUUUUUCUACCGCAUUCCAACAGCGGUGCUCCAUGACACCAUGAAGUUUGAUUGUUCCACAAUCGGUAGUGACGAGGACUUGCAGGUUAUGUUUCUUUGUCGUAGGCAGUUUCCCGAGGUAAGGACACCAGAGUUGUUGGCAAAGUUGGUUGAUGUGGUAUCUAGCUCGGGUGGUUCGAACCGGAAUGCCAAUACUAUAGCCGCGGUUGCCGGCUCGAGCUCGAGACCUGCUGUUGCUUCAUCCUCUGCUCCUGUGUAUGAGCCACCGAUGCAGCCUGUUGCGUCCCCUUCGUUUGCCGUUGAUCUGAGCGGCAAUGUUGGAGACGAGGUUCGGUAUGGGCAUAUUCCCACCGAGGUACAUUGUCCCACACCGGCUGGUGUUGGUGAUGGUUUGUUUGAUGAUCCAGAUGACGAUGACGUGGAGCCGGAUAUGAUCGCUGAUGAAAGCGGCGAUGAUGUUGGAACUAGUGUUCCGAGAAGGGCUACAGGUGGAUCUAGUUCUGGCACACAGCAGUAUCCACCCCAUUUUCCCUCGUUGGACCUGGAUGCCAUGCGGCAGGACGAAAAUGCUCUGCAGCCCUCAGGAUUUGGCGCUAGAGAUACCGAGGGGUCUGCCGGUAUGAACGAGUUCCAGGUUGGCCAACAAUUUCAGGAUAAAGAUGAGGCGCUGUUGAGUGUGAAGACGUACAAUAUCCGCCGAGGGGUCCAGUACAAGGUCGUUGAGUCUGACUACCGCAGGUAUGUGGGAAAGUGUUUUGAGUUUGGGAAUGGGUGCACAUAG